GCGACCCGUGUUGCUACCAGGUUGCUACUUGUCGAGAAAGUUUUGUUCGCCCUUGGAGCGCAUAAUGUCGGGGAGGUCCUGUUCUUCAGCUGUCAGUUGAAUUCUUCAAGAUCGUUUGCGUGAAAUCAUGCUGUGCAUUCUGACCAGAACUGCGGCAAGGACGGCCCUGGUGAAGCCCUGCCGACUGCCGACUCCAGUGCCGGUUGUUCAAAUUUCUGACCGGACGCUGGUCCAUCAGGAGAGUCUGCCGAAGCUGCCCGUUCCGCCAUUGAAGCAGACAUGCGCCCGGUAUAUGGCAUCGCUCGAGCCGUUGAUCUCCGAAGAGGAGAUGGCACACACGCAGCAGCUCAUGAAGGAGUUCCUCCAGCCCGGUGGCGUAGGAGAGAGACUGCAGAAGAGCCUCGAGCGCCGGGCACGCAAAACCGAAAACUGGCUCUCUGACUGGUGGAUGCAGUCAGCCUACCUGGACUCUCGAAUGCCUGUGGCGAUGUACACAAGCCCAGGGGUUGUUUUACCCAAAAUGCACUUCCAAGACCGCCAGGGACAAAAGAGAUUUGCUGCUAAACUCAUUGCUGGUGUUUUGGAUUUCAAAAGUAUGAUUGAUAAUCAAACAUUGCCUGUGGAAUAUCUGGGUGGCAAGCCUUUGUGCAUGGACCAGUAUUACCAGGUGCUGUCUUCAUGUCGGAUCCCUGGACCCAAGAGGGACACUGUGGUGAACCACGCAACUGGAAAUAACCCUCCUACACACAUCACAGUGGUCCACAACUUUCAGUUCUUUGUUCUGGAUGUGUACAACAGUGAUGGUUCACCACUUACCGUAGAUCAGAUCUAUGUUCAGCUGGAAAAGAUCUGGAACACUUCCCUUCAGACCAAUAAAGAACCAGUUGGCAUCCUGACUUCCAACCACCGUAACACCUGGGGCAAGGCCUACAACAACCUGAUCAAGGACAAGACAAAUAAGGAUUCCGUACGGGCAAUCCAGAAGAGCAUCUUCACAGUGUGUCUUGAUGCUCCAAAGCCAAGCGUGUCAGAUAUGAUGUACCAUAACAAGGUGGCUGCUCAAAUGCUUCAUGGCGGAGGCAGUCGCUGGAACAGUGGAAACCGCUGGUUUGACAAAACGCUGCAGUUCAUAAUUGGGGAGGAUGGAUCGUGUGGACUCACCUAUGAACAUGCUGCAGCUGAGGGACCUCCCAUUGUUUUCCUCGUGGACCAUGUUGUUGACUAUAUGAGGAGAAAUGAGAUGGUACGAACUCCCAUGAUUCCACUACCUAUGCCACAAAAGCUUCGAUUCAACAUCACACCAGAAAUCAAGAAGGACAUUGAAAAAGCCAAACAGAACAUGAACAUAAUGGUGCAUGAACUGGACGUUCGAGUGCUUAACUUCUCACACUAUGGAAGAAAAUUCCCAAAGUCUCAUAAAUUGAGUCCUGAUGCAUUCAUCCAAAUGGCUCUGCAGUUAGCAUACUACAGGGUGUAUCAGAUGUGCUGUCCGACUUACGAGAGCGCCUCCUUACGCAUGUUUAAACUGGGCAGAACGGAAGCCAUUCGAUCCACCACCACAGAAUCGCUUCAGUUCACACAAGCCAUGGAUGACCCGUCAAAAAGCAAUGGUGAGAAAGCAGCACUGCUCGAGAAGGCAACCAAAGUCCACAGAGAGCACACACACAUGGCCAUCCAUGGGCAGGGUAUAGAGAGGCACAUCCUGGGUUUAAAGAUGGUGGCCAUUGAGGAUCUGACGUCUUUACCCGAGAUCUUCAUGGACACAUCAUUCGCUGUGUCUUCACAUUUUAAUCUCUUUACGAGUCAGGUUGGAUCAAAGACUGACUGUUUUAUGUGUUUUGGACCCAUGGUUCCUGAUGGUUACGGUGUUUGCUACAACCCCAUGGAUGACCAUAUCAACUUUGUAAUUACAGCCUUCAAUAGCUGUGAAGAAACCAAUGCUACUAAACUGUCCAGGUUUCUAGAGGAUGCUCUUCUGGACAUGAAGACUCUUCUGGAGCAGGUGUCUAAGUCCUAGUGAGUGAUAACAUUAUUUAAUGGUAAAAGAAACUCUCACAGGAGCCCUGAAACCUUUUCAGACUGCAGGCUUUUCCCACUUUCAGUAUUAUGAAACUGGGAUGCAUUAAUGGCUCAUAUUAAUAUUCCACAUGAGUGUGACGUGUGUCUUCAUUAUACAAAAACUAUAAGAAAACCAUUGUUAGGUUGGUUCCAUUCAAUAUGUAAGCAUUGUGACUAUGUGGUGCUUUUAAAAAUCUGUUUGGUUGAACAAAGCAUGGGAAAACCUGUUUCCCAUUUUUGCAGUAUAUUUUAAUGAUGCUAAUGGCACAGAAAGUACACAUUUCACUAUCCAGGGUGACUACCAAGUGACUAUGAAUUAAGACUGCUACAAACUCAAACGGGGACUGAGACAUGUUCAUUCUGGUUUUACAGUUUCAAUUGUAACAACUAUAUGUUGGGAAGGCUGGUUGCCCAGUUCAUAUCAUGUAAAGCCCAAAGUAUACUUCAGUUUUGUUUGUUUUUUUGCGUACGCUAGUAUACAGUAUGUGUACAGUGUGCAUGAAAUAAAUUCCAUCAUUAUAUUACAAUCAAAACACUUACUAAAAAAAGAUUAUAUAUAGAUUAUAGAUACAGAUAUGUGAAGUGACCAUUAGUCAAAAUCAGGGAACCGUGAAAAAACGUGAAUGUUUUGUUAAAUUAUUGAGAUGUUUACUUCAAAUCUCAGGGGGUAUUUCAAGUAAAUAUUUUACUGUAGAUCUUAGGGGUUCGGCUGAUAAGUUUGGGAAGCACUGAAAUGGACUAUAUACUUUGAAUGACUAUGUGUUUGUCUGUACACAUAUGCUAAGUGUAGGCAUAAAAACAAAAACAAAAUAUACCUUGGGCUUUAAGGAGGUUCAUGCUAGUUUCACAAUUGCUAAGUACGACUGUUAUUCUUCACCAAAACUCUCAGUAGGGCCACAGCCUGUUCUAAAUCAAAAUAUCAGAAAAUACAUUUUAUGAUUGUUAUUAAUUUAUUUGUGCUGUUAGAUUUGGCACACAUUAUUGUCAACAGAUUAACUCAUGUUCAUUACAAUAAAUAUACAGAAGCACUUAUAUAUAAACAGUAAAUUGUAUUAUUUUUGUUUUUAACAUUAUAUGACAAAACAAGACAGAAUAUAUCUUUGAUGAAAUGCUAAUAAAUCCUCCUGUUCUGA